CAGAGAUCAAGCGUGAUGAAGCACAAAUUCUCAGUGAACAGAGACGAAGGUUAUGGAAAAAGGCGGUAAAUCGUAAUGACAUCACGACGGAGGAGCAGUGGGAUCGGACACUUGUCUGCUCAAAACAUUUUGUAAAUGGAGAGAAAGCUUAUCUACAUUCGAACAGCAGCCCAUCGUGGGUGCCAAGUCUCAAUCUCGAACCUAUGCUCGAUCCAGGAGCAGUCUCUUGGAUAUUCAUUGAUCGAUUUUCUGAGCAGGACAAAGGGACACAACAGCCACAACUGCCGGGAAGCACACUAGUCAGCGAUGCCACUUGUGCAUGUCGUCGUAGUAGUUCAAGUACAAAGCGACGCAGGGCAAGCUAUGCAGCUAGAAGCAAGAGAAGGGUUGUUGAGGAAAUGCUUUCCCCUGUCAUCCCUGUUGUGGGUGACCAGGAAAUGUCAUCUGAUCCAGAACAAGCAGCUGCUAGUUGUACAAAAGAUCUUGGCCUACAUGAAACAAACAACCCUUCCAUGAUUGAGGAUGAAGCGAGGCUUGGUCAAUCUUCAAGUGCCAUGUUGCCUCCGGAUUUUCACUGUAAAUGCUGCAGGCAAGCUCUUGCUGUCAAAGAUGCAUCAAUGCAGCCAAAUAUGGACCUAAUAAUUGAGGCAGUUUCUCAGGAUCACACAUAUUCCAAAAAACCUGAGGACAUCAGAGAUCCUGUGCCACCUGCAAGGGCAUCCUCAAACGAUGCCGUUCAAGAUCGCAGAAAGUGUUGUGAUCAGUGUGUGAAAAUGUGUACAAGAAUGUCCGAAGAGUACAAGAAAGAAGUUCUUGGACCAAAAAACGAGGAGGAGCCACAACUACUGAACACUGUGUUUAAUCUGCAGCCUCGAAUUGUCCUACGCAGAGCAGAUGUCAGUGAAAAUCUUCAUCCAGAGCAACAGCAGUCAGUGUCGUGUCACAUCAAAGAGGAAGAAGAGAAUGAAAUUGUUCAACACAUCAAAGAAGAGGAGGAAGAGUUUCUACACUUGAAAGAGGAAGAGCAGGAGGAAAUCAUCCAGGUCCCAUCCACUGCUGUGCAUUUGAAGAGUGAAGAUGAAGGUCAAAGUGAAGAGAGACGAGGGGCGGCGCCUCCACCCAGGAACUGCUCAAGUGAUGGAGAGCAAGGAUUACCAACAGACGGUCAUGAUGAGGAUGAGAAACAGUCGGAAGGUGAUUUGACAUGUCACAGUGCCAAGAAAAGCUGGAAAUGUUCUCAUUGUAGGAAAGCUUUUGCUUGUAUGAGGAAUUUGAAACAACACAUGAAAAUACACACAGGAGAGAAGCCUUUUACCUGCUCAGUUUGUGGUAAAAGAUUCACUCGGGAGGAACACUUAAAAAUACACACAAGAACCCACACUGGUGAGAAACCUUUUUUAUGCUCAGUUUGUGGUAAAAGAUUCACUGAGAAGGGAAAAUUAAAAAUACACACAAGAACCCACACUGGUGAGAAGCCUUUUUCCUGCUCAGUUUGUGGCCAAAGAUUUACUCAGAAGGGAACUUUAAAAAUACACGCAAGAAAACACACUGAUGAGAAGCCUUUUUGCUGCGCAGCUUGUGGUCAAAGAUUCACUCAGAAUGGACACUUAAAAAUACACACAAGAACCCACACUGGUGAGAAACCUUUUUCGUGCUCAAUUUGUGUCCAAAGAUUCACUCAUAAGUAUGAUUUAAAAAUACACACAAGAACCCACACUGGCGAGAAACCUUUUUCCUGCUCAGUUUGUGGUCUAAGAUUUUCUCACAAAGGUAAUUUUAAAAUACACGCAAGAAUGCACACUGGUGAGAAACCUUUUUCCUGCUCAGUUUGUGGUCAAAGAUAUACUCAUAAGGGAAACUUAAACUCACACACAAGAACCCACACUGGUGAAAAGCCUUUUUUCUGCAUGGUUUGUGGCCAAAGAUUUACUCAAAAAGGAACCUUAAAAAGACACACAAGAACACACACUGGUGAGAAACCUGUUUCAUGUCCAGUUUGCCAUAAAAGAUUCACUGAGAAGGGAAAUUUAAAAAUACACAUUCGAACCCACACUGGUGAGAAGCCUUUUUCCUGCUCAAUUUGUUUCCGAAGAUUCUCUUAAGAGGACAGCCUUAAAAUGACACAAGAAUACACACUUGUGGGAAAUCUUUAUCGUGCUCAGUUUGUGAUCAAAGAUUUUCUUCUACGUAUCAGGCUCAGACACACAAGUCUGCCGGUAGGAAAGUCAUGAUCAAGGAACUGUUAAUGCAAAUGUGUAAAUUGAAAGUAAUUUCAGUCCUGUCAUUUAGUGAAAAUCAACAUCGUAUUCUGUGUACCAUCUUUUAUUCUGUCUAUCUUUGACCCAUAACAAAGGUCUCUUGGUUCCAAAUGGAAGCUGAUGGGAUUUGAUCUUAUCUGAUCUGUAAAAUAUAUAUUGAUCCAUCCAUUUUCUGAGCCGCUUAUCCUCACAAGGGGCACAGGAGUGCUGUAGCCUCUCACAGAUAUCUUCAAGUAGGAGGCAGGGUACACUCUGAACAGGUUCCCAGCCAAUCGCAGGGCACAUAGAGACAGACAACACUCGCAAUGACACCUUGGGACAAUUUGAAGUCACCAAUCAAUGGAUGUUUUAUUUAUGUGGGACAAAACCCAUGUUGGCACAGAGAAAACAUGGAAAAUCCACACAGGCAGGGCCGACAUUUUAACGCCGGUCCUCGAAACUGUGAGGCCAACGCUCUUCAGGUGUUCCACCGUGCAGCCCCUGCCCCACAUAUAUCAAAUAAAUUUCCCCUCAACAAUGUGACUUAGACUCAAGUGUGUCUUGUGGGGUUUUUUUUUCUUCUUCAUUAUUUCUUUUUUUGGCAGAUCCGACUUCAACUCCAGAGUUACUUAUAGUCUGGAAAAUAUUCUGUGACUCAUUAUAUUUUCAGAGUAUAUACGUGACUUGAGUACAAAUGUCUGCAUAUAUUUUGGUGCUGAUUGUUCACAUUUUUGGGACAUGAAGCCAUGUUUCUUAAAUUCAUGCAUGAGGCUUGUAAGGAUGUUACCUCCCUGCCAUUUUUUUGUGUUUUUAAUCCUCCAUACCCACCGGAUGCGAAAUAUCACUUUACCUCCUGUCCAUCGCUUGAGUUUGCUCGCAUUACACGUUUGGACACAUCAGCGCUGUAAAUUAAGCAAGGGGCAGGGCUUCCUAUCUGCGAGGUGCAACCAUUCUUUUCCGAACUCAUUCAGCUGUCCCAGCCUUGAGCGUUCGGGCGAAAGAAGCAAAUUUGGGAAUGCCCGCAUCAUCCGCGUCUUUGCUGCUCUGCACGGAUUCUCAUCUAUCUGUGCAAACUCCAUUGACUUCCUAUGCAAUCACGCCAUAUUGAAGGCGCAAUAUGGUCACUUAGCAUAAUGAUGCCAUCCAUCUCCAUCCCAUUCCAUAAAUUUGCCUAUUUGUGCACAGUAAAUUUGUGAUUGAACAUAAUUUUGGGGCGCUAGUUGUUGUUCAUGUGUUGCAAUGAUACAUGAGCAACUUGAACAAAGCCACGUUUGGAAACUCAAGCAAGAUGUAUUUUUUUUCUUUUUUUAAUUUCCUGAAAAGUUGUAAUUUUGAGAGUGAGGGGAUUCUAUCUAACAGCUAUGAUGGAUGAAAUAUGGCACUUUAUAUUAUCUUACAUUCCUUGUCCCACACUUCUAGUAGUGCUUUUUAAUUUUGUUGACGACAAAGGGGCGUUUGAAAUUGAGUUAGUUAUUUACCAAUUGCUCCAAAAUAUAUAAAUUUUGUUGAGCAUGGAUGUAUUUUGUCCAAUAUUUAAUUUGUCAAUAUCAAAUCAGUGACUAAUUGACUGAGACACUGGAAAGAAACUAAAUUUUAAUGGUAAAGUGUACUUUAUAUGUGCUUCUUAAUAAAAUCCACUUCAAACAGUGA